CGUUGAUAUAUAAUAUCGCUUUUGUAUGCGGACUUUAUUAUUUAUGUAAAUAUAAGACGUCACUAAGCAAAUGAUAAUGAGCGAUAAUGAGAAGGAAAUUGAUAACGUAUGACAAAGGAAAAAGAAGUUUCGCAAUUGAUUCAGACGUUUCAUGACGACUAGUUCUAUCUACAGAAUUUACAGAAAGUGAGACUAGUAAAGACGUGUCUAAGAAGAGAGAGACUAACUAGAAAGGGACAAAUUUAAUUGUGUGACAAUUUUUUUGAAAAAGUAGAAUAACAUCGAAAUUUAACUCAUAUCUUUAUCAUGGCUACAAUCAUACGUAAGAUCGUAAAGUGGUAUAUUCUUAUGAAUGAAGAUUGGCCGGAUCCACGAAACAACGAUCGUUUCAUGCUGAGCUCACCAUGGCCUGGUCUGACUCUUCUUGGGUUUUAUUUGUAUUUCGUACUUAAUUUUGGACCAAAAUUUAUGGCAAAAAGACAACCUUUUAAAUUAGACAGAAUAAUGCAAUUAUAUAAUAUUUUUCAAGUUCUAAUAAAUGCAUACAUAUUUUACAACGCCUUAACUUUGGGAUGGUUACGCGAUUAUAGUUAUUUUUGCGCACCCGUCGAUUACUCUUAUACACCAAGGGCCAUAGAGAUGGCCAGAAUGGUCUGGAUAUAUUUCCUGGUCAAGAUUCUAGAUUUGCUAGACACAGUUUUUUUCGUACUCAGAAAAAAGCAAAGUCAAGUAACUUUUCUGCACGUAUAUCACCACGCUCUUAUGGUAUUGGCUUGUUGGAUUUGCGCAAGGUAUUUCCCUGGUGGUCAUCCGACUUUUGCAGGACUGCUCAAUACAGUCAUUCAUAUGAUAAUGUACACAUAUUACCUGUUGACAUCCAUGAAGAUAAACACAAACUCGUGGAAGAAACAUAUCACUCAGUUGCAACUGGUGCAAUUUUUACUGGUUGGUUUUCAUAACAUACAAUUAUUAUGGGUAGAAGAUUGUGGCUUCCCGUUAUGGGCGGCAUUAUUACAAGCACCAAACCAUUUGUUUAUAAUAAUAUUAUUUGGAGACUUUUAUUAUAAAACAUACAUAAAGAAAAAAACUGGAAUCAAAACAAUGCCGAUAAAAACGAUAACAAAAGAAGAACUUUUUACUGAAAUUUCCAAUAAGAAACCAAAAAUAUUAUAAAUUUAGACCACAAUGUUCAGUCUAAUGUUUGAUCUUUUUCUGC